UCAGUUUAAGUGUGGUCUACUGGUUUUCAGUGUUUCAACGAUCCAACCCCAAAGCUAAAAAAAAAAAACUAGUAACACCCACCCCCACCCCUAGCACGAAAGAGUCCUCGUUGCUGUGUGAAGAAAUUUCCCGCAGCUUCAGCCAAAAGCCAGUUUGGAGACUUGCUCCACCACGCGCGCAUCAAGUGACGAACCCGAUCCGCAGUCGUAGAUCACCGGAACCGGAUUCAGUGCUUCUGUGGAGUAGAUCCAAAGGGAUUAGACUUCCUGUGUGCAACCAACACCCACUCGUCGAAUUUUUCCUUGUUCAGCUUUUACCAAAACCCAAACCCCAAUCAAGUCGUCUUUCGAUUUUCCUCUUCUCUGCACUUCUAAAGUAAAAAAUGGCACCGACUAUCCAUAAGGAGGAAAACUUCUCCACUACCAAUCUGAAGUGGAAGAUGACUCUCGUUCAACCAUCCGGAGACCUGAGCGCCAAGAUCAAGGAGGAGCUGCGGGAGCCAGCAAACCCAGCCGACAUCGACCGCGAUAUCGGAAUCAUCCGCGAAUGGCUCAAGACCCAGCCCCAUCUGCCCAAGGAUAUGGACGAUGCCCGGCUCCGUACCUUCCUGCGAGGCUGCAAGUUCAGCAUGGAGCGCGUCAAGGCCAAGCUGGACAUGUACUACACCAUGCGUAAUGCCGUGCCGGAGUUCUUCACCGACCGCGAUGUCAACCGCCCUGAGAUGGGCGAAGUCCUGAAUGUGGUUCACAUGCCACCACUACCAGGUCUGACUCCUUCCGGUUGCCGUGUUGUGAUGCUGCGUGGUAUCGAUAAGGAAAUCGGUACCCCCAACGUCAUUGAAUCCAUGAAGCUGACUCUCAUGAUUGGAGACGUCCGUCUGGCCGAGGAAGCCGUCGGUGUGGCCGGUGAUGUCUACAUCAUGGAUGCCAGUGUGGCCAGCCCUACGCACUUUGCCAAAUUCACCCCCACCCUGGUCAAGAAGUUCCUCAUCUGUGUCCAGGAGGCCUACCCAGUUAAACUGAAGGAAGUCCACGUGAUCAACGUUUCGCCGAUCGUCGACACCAUCGUCAACUUCGUCAAGCCCUUCCUGAAGGAGAAGAUCCGCGAACGUAUCCACAUCCACAGCAGCAUGGAGGAUCUGUACAAGUACGUGCCAAAAGAGAUGCUGCCCUCCGAAUAUGGUGGCAAUGCUGGAUCGAUCAAGGACCUGAACGAGCAAUGGCGCUGCAAGCUGGGCGAGUACACUGCCUGGUUCAAGGAACAGGAAGCUAGCAAGGCUAACGAAACUCUACGCCCAGGCGCUCCCAAGACUGUCGAUGAGCUGUUCGGCAUGGAUGGCACUUUCAGACAGCUGACCAUCGAUUAAAGAACAAACAGUCCAACAACAUCCAAACAUAUCCGACGGCGCCCAUCCUCAGUCCAUCUACCGACCGCCGAUAAGAGAGAAAAAAAACAUCAUUUCGAAUAUCAAAUUUAGCGAAAAAUUUAAUUAACCAAUCUCAUCUCGCACCGAAUCCUUCCAUUCCGUCACCGUUUCAUCCCUCCGCCCCCUAAUAAGUAAUUAGCUAAAUUACUCCAAAUCGAUUACAAAAAGACGCUCCCAAAUAUUCGAUCCAAAUUUAAAAAAAAAAUCACUUACAUAAAGUAAGCAAAAACACCUAAAUAAAUCGUUUCGAUUUUCGAAAGUAAACUAACACCAACAGCAACUUGUGAAGAGAUUUCAGGACCACAUUCCGGUCCGUUUGGUUUAAAUUUUGUUUUUUGUUUUAACUCUAUGUUCAACAAUGAAUACUCACCAGCCAGUAAGCAUAGUGCGCGUAAGAAGUUUUGGCCUCGGUUACUCCUACCUUAUUAUAAGUGUGCGCACCUUGUCUGUGUUCUUCUCAAUAAUCAGGUUGAAAAGCCGGGUUCCAAACAAAAAAAAACUGUUACUAAGUUUAGAGAAAAGUUAAAAACAAAAACAAUCGAAAAUCGAAAAAUUCCAAUUAGAUUUAUGCUACCAGAAAUUCUAAAAAAAAACAAUCUUCAGAGAGCCGUCUGUUUUUGUAGUUAUGGUUUGUUUUGUUUAAUGAUUUGUAUUUUUGUACUUAUAUUUUGCUAUUAAAGACUUUCUUGUUUAAAAGGAACCGAAAA